AUGGACGCACACAAACGCGAACGCUCCAAACCAACAAAAGCGUCUGGACGGACAGUCACCACCGCCACAGUGACUGCUAUCCACAGUAGCUCACUAGCGACAGUAACGCACUCGCUACCUGUAACACCGGAACGGCGUAUAGCAGCCAUGCAGCAUAGUAGCAGCCCGGUCGGUAAGUGACCUCUAGCAGCAACAGCGCACCAAGCGGAUAAUUGAUCGUCACCUUCACCACUAGCAGCGCGCAGCAUUGCCACCGGUACCGAGACGCUCGGCGGUACGACCAACGUCAAGCGCAAGGUACCACGGCUGGCCGGCAAACGUCAAACGGGCAAACCGUUUUCGGUGAAUCUCGGUGCGACGACCAGCAAGCAAACAUGCAGCCGCACAUAUCUCGGCCGUAAUGCGCUUCCGACGGCUGUUGGUGGCAGCACGGCCGGGCGGCUGAAUCGUCAUGGCGGUGUACCACCGAUCGUGCUCACCUCUGCCACUACGAACAGCGAUAACUCCAACGAUUCCGGGCUCGGGUUCGAUCGUAGUGGUAGCAGUACGAAGCUGGACAAACACCAUCAAAUAGCGGACGGAGCACAGCAGCCCGGGUACGGUGCGACACCGGACAGCUAUCAACCAUCGUCCGUUGUUCAGUACAGCCCUGCCGGGAUGCUCGAUGGCCAGCAGCAAACAGGUAGCAGUGGGAUGGUAUCCACAUCGGCGUCUCCACUGUCCCAGUCUCUAUCACCCGCGACUGGAUCACCCUCCUCACCGUCUUCGAUCUCAUCAGCGGUAACGCUUGCCACGGCCACGCUGGCAAAUCGACAGGCUACCGCCAGCGCUGGACCACGCAGCAGCAGUAAUCGAGCUUCCGCCACCAAUGCGCCCGGACCGGGACCAUUUCGCCCGUCGGCCGGCAGCGAUGGAAGCUGCGUACCAACGGGAACGCCAACACUCACCAGCUCCCGAGACGGGAAAAUACAGCUGCAGAUUGUAACGCAACCGGAGCAACAGCAUCGGGCCCGCUACCAAACCGAGGGGUCACGCGGUGCGGUGAAGGAUCGUAGCGGCAAUGGGUUCCCGGUGGUGCGGCUCGUCGGCUACAACAAACCAACCGCGCUACAGGUAUACAUCGGUUCCGACGUUGGACGACCCACGCCCCACAUCUUCUACCAGGCGUGCAAGGUGUCGGGCAAGAACUCGACACCGUGCGUCGAGCGCAAUCUCAACGGUACGAAGUACAUCGAGAUACAGCUAAAGCCGGAAAACAACAUGACGGUAACGUGCGACUGUGUGGGCAUACUGAAGGAGCGCAAUGUGGACGUGGAGUACCGGUUCCCGGACCAGACGGCAUCGCGCACCAAGAAAAAGUCGACCCGGUGCCGGAUGGUGUUUCGCACCACCAUUGUUGGGGAGGACGGUACGACGGAACUGUUACAGGUGCCAUCGCAGCAAAUCAUCUGCACGCAACCACCGGGCGUACCGGAGAUAUUGAAAAAAUCGCUAACGUCUUGCCCGGUCGAGGGUGGGCUGGAGAUGUUUAUAAUCGGCAAAAACUUCCUCAAGGAUACGCGCGUUGUCUUCCAGCGUUCGAAGCAGGUACUGGCGCACACGGCCUAUACACGCACCGCUAUGCAGAAUACGACCGCCUGGGAGCAAUCGGUCAUCCCCGAUAAGGAGCAUUUGAACCAGGUACAUCUCAUCUGCGUUGUGCCACCAUACGAACGGCAGGACAUUACCGAACCCGUCACAAUCAAACUGUACAUCGUGUCGAGUGGGAAAAAAAGCGAAACGCAUGACUUUGUCUACACGCCGAAAGGUGACCACACGACGCUCAGUGCGGCAACUGCCACAGCACCAGCACGCCGUACCAGAAUCAACACCACCGUCGGUCAACAACUCCAGCGACAACAGCAACAGCAGCAGCAGCAACAACAACAAUCCCAACCGACCACGCACAACUACAUUAGUGAGCUUGCUGCAGCCGCCAUUGGCAAUGGUUCCGGGAUGGAAAAUGGCGCCACAGUCAAUUUGGGCGCCAGCGCUGACACGGCACUAGCGGUUGCGAAUGCUAAUGCUGCAAUUAAUGCGAUUGCGGCCACGGUCGUCUCCUCGUCCGCUAUGGGUGAGCUGCCGGGACCGAACGGAACUGCGGGACGCUUUGUCUGCAACGGAAACCGAACCGAAGCAGUGUCACCGUUCGACGACUCUACCGUUUGCACCAAUCGGCCAAUGUUUUUGCGUACUUCGACCACGCUCGAAAUCGCGGCCGAGGGCAUGAUGCCACCACCGAUCAAUCUGCUGCAACCAAUCGGCGGAGCAAGCGCUGCCAGUAUUAUACAACCUCAGUGCCAUUCGGGGCUGUCGAUUGGUGGUGCGAAUGAGCGCCAGUACUCUGUGUCGCUGUCCUCACCGCAACCGACGGAUGUGUUCAAACCGGAACUGGUCGAGCCGGAAUGCAGCCGUAGCGAUAUGGUCGACGAGGACUCGUUGGAUCGGUUUCCUGCUUCGGCAGAAAAUUCACUAGACGGCAUCAUGUUUGGGCCGGUGCCAAACGAAGCAAGCAUCCUGUACCGGAGACGAAGUGUCCGGCAGCCGAGCAUGGAGAUGGAGGACAGCUCGUCUAACAUGUCACUGUUGGCUAACGAUAGCCGCAUGAUGGAUGCACCACCGGCUGGUGGUGGUGGUGCAGGAAAUGGUAACGGUGGUGGUUCCCUAUCGCUCGGUUCGCACUUCGAUACGUUGCUGAACAUGGUCUCGAUCGCGUCGUACUGUGGCAAUGGAGGAAACGCUUCUAUCGCUCCAAUGGAAACCAACUACAUGGGCAGCGAAGCGUUGGACGCCAAACCGCCUCUGGCGUUGGAAACGGAGAUGAAAAAUGUUUUAAAAACGGAACCGCAAACACAAUCGGACUCACCGGUCAAUAUGCAGCUGAGUCAGCUGAUGGCGGUAUCCUGCAGUGAUGCGAUUGCAAAACAGAUUGAAGCGGAAUGUUUACUGCAACACCAGCAACAGCAACAGCAGCAGCAGCAACAACAACAACAUCACGUCCAGCAGCAACAGCAACAGCAACAGCAGCAGCAGCAGCAGCAGCAACAACAACAACAGGCUCAGCAAGCUGCCCUUCUAGACCUAGCGAAUCUAACAGUUCCGGCUGAUGUUGCCACGGUGCAAAACAUAUUGCAACAGCAAGAUGUGCUGCUAGCUUCUACCGGUGCGACUACUACCACAGCCACAUCGUUGCUGCAGCAACAGCAACAACAGCAGCAGCAGCAGCAACAGCAUCAACAAGAUCUUCAUCAGCAACAACAAGAACAACACCAUCAGCAGCAACUGCAACAGCAGCAACAGCAACAACAGCAGCAACAACUACAACAACAGCUUCAACAGCAUCAGCAACAACAGCAGCAGCAACAACAACUACAACAUCAGCUUCAACAGCAGCAGCAGCAGCACCAGCAACAACAACAGCAGCAACUGCAGCAGCAACAACUUCAACAGCAGGAACAGCUACAUCAUCAUCUGCAACAACUUCAACAGCAUCAACAGCAACAGCAGCAACAGAUACCGGCAGAAAAAAUGGACGUCGGUAUGGUGGCCGGUGCAGUUGUUGGUUUGCUAAUGGACACAACCCAGCUGGCCCAGCAACCGAUGGACACGUCCGCCCCAUUAUCCGCUGCCUCCGUUAUGGGUGCGUUAGGUGUGCAGCUGGGCGGUGGUGGUGGUGGUGGUGGUAGUGGAGGUGUGGUCGGUCCCGGCACGGGUGAACUACCGCCGGUGAGCAAUGUUACAACGGUCGACGCACAACGUAUCGAGGUGCAGAACAGUGACGCUAACUCGAUUGCGAUGGAUUCGAUUGGGCUCAAUACGGCUCAGGUAUCGCUAGCGGAAGAAUCCCGCGUACUAGCAUCGGAACUGACAGCAAUGUCCGAAACGGAGCUGAUGAACUACAUCUGCCCGAGUGCAUUCGAUUCCGGUAGGUAG